GUUUGCGAUCUGAUUCACGAAGCUUUAACAUGCACGUGCGAUUCGCCACCGAAAAUUCUAUUUCUGUGUAAUAUAGGCUACAUCUCGUUAAACAAACGACUGAGCUGAAGUAAUUAUGUCAUCGCCGAAAAGUGCUGCAGUUCUGCACACCUGCAGUAUGAUGCAGGCAGGAGUCUGUCUGAGACAGGACACCGAGACAACACUACCAGAGCUCACUGAGCAGCACAGGAUCAGACUGAAAGAAGAGGAACUCAGUGGACUGGAGUCAGAGACAGAGUGUGCUGCACCAGGACUCAACACACUGGAGCCAGAGUGUGUUAGUGCACACAGCGGGGUCAGUGAUGUACACCACACACACACAUCAGUGAUAAAAACAGAAGCUGAUCUGGGCUCCACCCACACUGGGGAUCUUAUUAAGACAGAGAGCCUAGACUUUACAGAGCUGGGAUAUGAAACCCAUCUGCAUCCUGACCAAAUCAAAACAGAGACUGAAGAUGGAGGAUACCUUCAGGCAGAACACAUCAGUGACCUGCAUGUUAUUGAAUGUGUUGAUGAAUUGAAGUGUGAAUCCAGUGAAAGUUUAGUGAGUGAUCUCAUGAACCCUGUGAUGACUGGAGCUUGUGUUGAUCACAAAGUUAAUAACCCAAGCCUUUUGAAUUUACUUAUGCAAACUAAGAAUAUUCAUACAUAUGAAUGUGAAAUUGAUCCAGGUGAAAUGGCAUGCCAGUGUUCACAGUUUGAGAAAACAAAAUCUGAUUUAAGUAAGCACAGGAUGAUUCAUAAUGAUGAAAAGCCAUACAAGUGCACACACUGUGAGAAGGGUUUUCAUAGAAAAUGUGAUUUACAUAACCACUUGAGAACUCAUGUAGGUAAACAGCCGUACAAGUGUUCACAGUGUGAGAGUUUUGAUUCAACAACUUGUUUAAAUACACACCUGAGAAUUCAUACAGGUGAAAAACCCUACAAGUGUACCCAGUGUGAGAAGUGUUUUGCUACAAAAUCUAAUUUAAAUACACACCUGAGAAUUCAUACAGGUGAAAAACCCUACAAGUGUACCCAGUGUGAGAAGAGUUUUCAUACAAAAUCUAUUUUAAAGAAGCACCAGCUUAUUCAUACAGCUGAAAGGCCAUACAAGUGUGCGCAGUGUGAAAAGUGUUUUCGUCGAAAAUACGAUUUGAAAGAACACCUGAAAAUUCAUACAGGUGAAAAAUCCUACAAGUGUACCCAGUGUGAGAAGAGUUUUCCUACAAAAUCUAAUUUAUAUACGCACCUGAGAAUUCAUACAGUUGAAAAACCCCACAAGUGUACCCAGUGUGAGAAGAGUUUUUAUACAAAUUCAAAAUUAAAAAAGCACCAGAUUAUUCAUACAGGUGAAAGGCCAUACAAGUGUGCACAGUGUGAAAAGUGUUUUCGUCGAAAAUACGAUUUGAAUAAACACCUGAAAAUUCAUACAGGUGAAAAACCCUACAAGUGUACCCAGUGUGAGAAGAGUUUUCAUACAAAAUCUAAUUUAAAUACACACCUGAGAAUUCAUACAGGUGAAAAACCCUACAAGUGUACACAGUGUGAGAAGAGUUUUUCUACAAAAUCUUAUUUAUAUAAACACCUGAAAAUUCAUACAGGUGAAAAACCCUACAAGUGUCCCCAGUGUGAGAAGAGUUUUCUUACAAAAUCAAAUUUAAAUACACACCUGAGAUUUCAUACAGGUGAAAAACCCUACAAGUGUACACAGUGUGAGAAGAGUUUUCAUACAAAAUCUCAUUUAAAUACACACCUGAGAUUUCAUACGGGUGAAAAACCCUACAAGUGUACACAGUGUGAGAAGAGUUUUCAUACAAAAUCUCAUUUAAAUACACACCUGAGAAUUCAUACAGGUGAAAAACCCUACAAGUGUACACAGUGUGAAAAGUGUUUUCUUCGAAAAUCCGAUUUGAAUGAACACCUGACAAUUCAUACAGGUGAAAAAUCCUACAAGUGUACCCAGUGUGAAAAGUGUUUUCUUCGAAAAUCCGAUUUAAAUACACACCUGACAAUUCAUACAGGUGAAAAACCCUACAAGUGUACCCAGUGUGAGAAGAGUUUUCCUACAAAAUCUAAUUUAUAUACACACCUGAAAAUUCAUACAGGUGAAAAACCCUACAAGUGUACACAGUGUGAGAAGAGUUUUUCUACAAAAUCUUAUUUAUAUAAACACCUGAAAAUUCAUACAGGUGAAAAACCCUACAAGUGUCCCCAGUGUGAGAAGAGUUUUCUUACAAAAUCAAAUUUAAAUACACACCUGAGAUUUCAUACAGGUGAAAAACCCUACAAGUGUACACAGUGUGAGAAGAGUUUUCAUACAAAAUCUCAUUUAAAUGCACACCUGACAAUUCAUACAGGUGAAAAACCCUACAAGUGUACCCAGUGUGAGAAGCGUUUUGUCACAAAAUAUCAUUUGAAUGCACACCUAAAAAUUCAUACAGGUGAAAAAAAGUGUCCACAGUGUCAGAAGUGUUUUCUGAGAACAUCUGAUUUAAGUAAACACCUGAGAAUUCAUACAGGUAUAGGACCUAUAAGUGUGCCCAAUAUUCUGCUCAUGCCCAAAGAUCACCUACCCCAGCUUUAA